AUAUAUAUGUGUAUAAGUGCUAUUAUUCUUUAUUAAAUUUUAAUCAAUUCCUCAGUUCAUAUAUUUCUUUAACAAAUUUCCAUUUUCCUUUACCUAUAUAAUGGUUGCAGAAUAAUUGCAAAAAGGCGAAGUUGACAACGCUGUCUAUUCAACAUCUAAUGGAGUCCCAUAUCAAGGGCACCCAUACGGAGCACAAACAGCUGGCCCGGGAGGACCAUUGUUGCUCCAAGAUUUCCACUUAAUUGACGAAUUAAGUCAUUUUGACGCAGAAAGAACUCCUGAAAGAGUAGUUCAUGCUAAGGGAGGUGGUGCUCAUGGAUAUUUUGAGCUUACUGAUUCAUUAUCAGAUCUUACUUUUGCAAGACCAUUCCAAACUGCUGGGUAUAAAUGUCCAGUCACGGUCCGUAUCUCUACUGUCGGGGGUGAAAGGGGAUCCCCAGACGCAAUCAGAGACCCAAGAGGCUUCUCAAUCAAAUUUAGAACAGAUAUUGGAAAUAUGGAUUGGGUAUUUAACAAUACUCCUAUUUUUUUCAUUAGAGACCCAAUUAAGUUUCCUAGAUUUAUUCAUACACAGAAGAGAGACCCGGCUACUAACCUUAACCAAUUGACUGACUCUACUCACACUUGGGAUUAUUAUACACAAAACCCUGAGUGUUUACAUCAAAUUACUUACAUGUUUGGUGAUAGAGGUAUCCCAAAGAGUUGGGCUAGAAUGAAUGGGUAUUCUGGUCAUACUUUCAAGUUUAUCAAUGAAGAAGGUAAACUUACAUAUAUCCAGUAUCAUGUUCUUGCUGACGAAGGGACUGAAAACUUUUCAAGUUCUGAAGGUGGGUUGGUAACCAGUGUUAGUCCAGAAUACAAUACUAAAGAGUUUUACGACCGUAUCAGCCAAGGAAAGUUUCCCACUUACUCUUUGUAUGUCCAGACUAUGACUCCAGAACAGGCUGAAGAAUUCCGUUAUUCUAUAAAUGAUUUGACCAAGAUUUGGCCCCAUAAAGAGUUUCCAUUAAGAAAGUUUGGAAAAAUUGUCUUAGAUAAGAACCCAGAAAACUAUUUCGACGAAAUAGAACAAGUUGCUUUCUCUCCAGCACACUUAGUACCUGGUAUUGAACCAUCAAAUGAUCCAGUUCUACAAUCAAGACUUUUUUCAUACUCUGAUACUCACCGUCAUAGAUUGGGUGUUAAUUACCAGCAAAUUCCUGUUAAUAGACCUCGAACAUUUGAAAAGGGUUCCGGAUGUCCAUUUUCAGCUGGUAACUUUCAGAGGGAAGGUGCUCUGGCAAUUAUUAGCCAAGGGUCUAGACCCAACUACCUUAGUACAAUUCAACCGAUUAACUCCAUCUCAAGUGAUCCAAAAUUGUACAAAGAAGGAAUUCCGCCUGUUGAAAAAGAUAAAUUUGUUGGUGUAGUUCCAAAGAAAUCAGAAGAUAAAUAUGAAAUUUUACAACUUGAACGCGCUAAAAAGGCGCACGAAGAAAAGAUUUGGUUAAAGAGUUAUGAUUAUGUCUCUGGUUUCAGCGAGCUUGAUGUAGAACAACCAAGAGCGUUAUACCAAAAGGUUUUUAGUGCUGAGCAGAAGAAAACUUUUGUUACAGCAAUUGUAGGACAUGCUGAUACCAUCACUAUAGAUUCAGUAAAGAAGCGUGUGCCACUGUUGUGGGGGUUGAUUGAUGAAGACUUGGGCGCAAAGGUUGCUGAAGGGUUGGGAGUGGAAUACAAUCACUUGACUAUUGACGAAUAUAUUAAAGAGGUGGGUAUUUCCCCAGCUAACUAG